CUUAGUCCUCGAAAAUUCUAGAAAGUUCCUUGAAUUUGGUCUAGACGGAUAGGGAUUGUAUAAAAGUACCAGAGGGGAAGCACAGAUAUCAAGGAAAUACUACAAAGUCUCGAAGGAUUCAUCUUUACCACAAACUCCAUCAAUCUCAACGAGCAUGUCAGAUGUAAAUGCCCUGAAAGACCAGGGCAACAAGGCUUUUGCUGGCAAGGACUACAACAAGGCGAUCGAGCUAUUCACAGCUGCCAUCGCCAUCGACCCUUCCAACCACGUCCUUUUCUCCAAUCGGAGUGCCGCGAAAGCUGGCAAGAAGCAGUGGGCUGAAGCACUAGUGGAUGCAGAACAGUGCAUCAAGCUCAAUCAGUCGUGGUCCAAAGGUUACGCGAGAAAAGGGGCUGCAUUGCACGGUGCAAGACGAUAUGAUGAGGCUGUCGAGGCAUACGAAGCUGGUCUUAAAUUCGAGGACAGCCCUGCCUUGCGCAAGGGUUUACAAGAGGUGAAAGAUGCAAAGGGCAGGGAUUCUGUAUCUGAAUCCUUAGGCCUCGGAAAAUAUUUUUCAGAUCCAAACCUCAUCGGCAAGCUGGCAACUAAUCCCCGAACACAAAAACAUCUCUCCGACCCAGCGUUCGUGCAAAAGCUUCAACAAUUCCAAAAUAACCCCGCACUCGCUGAUUCAGCUCUCCAGUCAGAUUCCCGCAUGAUCGACGUCCUUGGUGUCGCCAUGGGCAUCGAUAUGCAAGGCUUUUCGCGCGACGAUGACUUUGACGGGCUCCCACCCGGUUUCAAGCAUGGGCCUCCCCCAACGCGUCAAACACGUCCGACAUCAUCUGCAUCCUCAUCGAAGGCUCCGCCAGCACCAACGCCGGCACCGGCACCAGCAGCACCAGCCCCCGAGCCAGAAGAUGUCGAAAUGACAGAUGAAGACGCUGAGGAAGCCAAAGCCAAGGCAGAUGCUCUCGCCGCAAAGGCGCAGGGCACAGAGCACUAUAAGGCGCAACGCUUUUCUGAAGCCGCAGAAUACUUCAAGAAGGCUUGGGAUUUGUGGCCAAAGGACAUCACGUUCCUCGGCAAUCUCGGCGCUGCUUAUCUCGAGGCGAAAGAGUACGAUCAAUGUAUCGCAACGUGCGAGUUGGCUGUUGAGGAAGGCCGAGGACUCCGGGCAGACUACAAGAUCAUUGCCAAAAUUUUUGGCCGUAUCGGAACUGCGUACACCGCAAAGAACGACCUAGUGUCCGCAAAGAAGUACUACCAAAAGUCACUCGCUGAACACCGUGACGCUACCAUCCUCGCAAAGCUUCAAGCCACCGAGAAAGCCAUCGUCGAGGCCGAGCGCCAGGCGUACAUCGACCCCGCCAAGUCUGCUACUGCGCGCGAGGAAGGUAAUGCUGCAUUCAAGAGUGGUGACUUUGCAAAGGCCGUGAAAUUGUAUGAAGAAAGUAUCAAGCGUGAUCCCUCCGAUGCAAGGGGAUACAACAACAGAGCAGCAGCGUACAUGAAACUUAUGGCACUGGCUGAAGCGCUCAAGGAUGCCGACAAAGCAAUCGAGGUCGAUCCCGCAUUCGUCAAGGCAUAUAUCCGGAAAGCCACGAUCCUGCAAACCAUGCGCGAAUAUAGUAAGGCUCUUGAAGCCCUACAAGCCGCUUCAUCAGCCGACACCGCCAAUGCACACGCGCAAGAGAUUCAGGCUCAGGAGUUCAAGAUCCAGCAAGCCAUGUUCACUCAGCGUGCUGACGAGACAGAGGAACAGACCCUUGAGCGAGCCAUGAAGGACCCCGAAGUUGCCCAAAUUAUGGGCGACCCCGUAAUGCAGCAGAUUCUGCAACAAGCGCAAGGUAAUCCCGGCGCAUUACAAGACCACAUGAAAAACCCUGUUGUACGCCAGAAGAUUAUGAAACUCAUCAACGCAGGAAUUAUCAAGACACGGUGAUUUUGUGCUUGCAUACUAGU